AUGGACAUAAACAGGUUAACUGGUGGGGGGUUCCAGCUUUCACCGAAGCCAUGGGCUAGUGCCAGUGAAAGGCCGCCCCUGUACAUCUCCGUAACAUCCUCGGAUAAAGAGCACUUGUCCUCAGCCUCUGGCGUUUUGGACCCUCGCUAUUUUUUUCAUUCCGUCCCCUGCGGAAGGCUCGUCAAUCAGUUUGCAUCCAGACUGGCGAAACUCCAGGAUGUCAGUGGCAACAAUCUUCUGAAAGGGGGUGCUUCAUCGAGCCGAAAACACCAACGCGCGAUCCCGCCGCAGUUGCUCGGAUACGUCUCGUUGGAGUGGGGGUGCUCACGACUCCUUGGGGCGAGGGCGAGAGGUCCGGGGUGGGACGGUGCCCGGGGUUCUACCGUGAGCUCGCCCAGUCAAUACGACAAUCACGUCCUUGCCGAACGGCGUGGCACCCAGACAGCACCCUUGCAGCCUCCAAAUGCUGUUCAAUCAUCUAAGGGUUCUAGGGUUCUAAGGUAUCAGUCGUCCUCCGCAGAAGAGAGUGGUGGGGAGAUUCUAUACAAGCCACCACUUCCGUCACGAACGCACUCUUCGCAGAGUGUCCGAAGUGCCUUCUCUCGCACCAUCGACAACGCUUUCAACUGA